AUGCCCAUGGCGUCCCCCCAAACCCUGCUCCUCUGCCUGCUGGUCCUGGCAGUCAUUGAAGGCCAGGGUCGGCAGGCGGCCAUCCCAGGCUGCCACUUGCACCCCUUCAAUGUGACGGUGCGAAGUGACCACAAAGGCACCUGCCAGGGCUCCCAUGUGGCACAAGCCUGUGUGGGCCACUGCGAGUCCAGCGCCUUCCCUUCCCGGUACUCUGUGCUGGUGGCCAGUGGUUAUCGACAUAACAUCACCUCCGUCUCUCAGUGCUGCACCAUCAGCACCCUGAGGAAGGUGAAGGUGCACCUGCAUUGUGGGGGGGACCGGAGGGAAGAGCUGGAGAUCUUCACAGCCAGGGCCUGCCAGUGUGACAUGUGUCGCCUCUCACGCUACUAGCCCAUCCUUCCCCCGACCCUCCCCUUCGUCAGAGGGUUUGAGGUUGGAGUAGAUCCUGUAUAUCCUGAACCUCAUUAAGGACAACAGCUCCAACCCUCUUAAGAUUCUGAUUGUCACCUCCCAAGAGGUGGGGGUUUUCUGCUUCCUCCCUGCCUCUGCCUGGCUUCCUCACCAGUCCUUCAUCAUUUCACUUUCCUCUUUGUCCCUACCCCUAAAUAAAGCAAG